UGCUCAGGUUCCUGUCAGCUCCUGGUUGCCUCGGAAUAUCGAUCGGUUGUAAUUGUUCCAUUGACGACAUUGACUAUACCAGAAAGUUACACAGUCCGGGAGUUCCUUGUAAUCUGACAUUCCAAUAAUCAACGGACACGUGAUGUAAGCCAAUAAUUACAAAUUCUUAAGAUAUGGGGAAGAUUCAGAAUUUUAUAAUUGAAUUAGAAAAUCAACAAGGUGUAUAUUACCCGGGACAGGUUGUCAGAGGUGAAAUAGUACUGGAGCUAAGCGAAGCCCUGAAGAUCAGAGAAAUAAGGAUAACAUUUCGUGGAGAGGCGUACGUGGACUGGCCGGGUUCAUCGAGUCCUUACGACGAAACUUCGGGUCCUAAGAAAGGCGGCUUUCGACUUCCAUCGGAUGACAACUACUCAGCUUCAGAGGAAUACUUCAAUCGAACAAUUCCUCUAUUUGGAAAUGGGCGAGGUGAGGGAGAUAAUAACAUUCUCCCCCUUGGACGUCACACUUUUCCCUUUGAUUUUGGUCUCCCAGAUGUCCUCCCUUCAUCGUUUGAGGGCCCAUGGGGCUACAUUCGAUACGUUAUCAACGCCACCUUAGACAGGCCCUGGAGUUUCAACACAAAUUAUAAGAGAGCGUUCACGCUAAUAUCACCUUUAGAUCUCAAUACUCAGAGAAACGCCAUGCAUUCCACAAGCAAUAGAAGGGCCAAGAGAAUGUGUUGCCUGUGUUGUAAAUCUGGGCCGGUAUCGGGAACCAUUUAUCUGGACAAGAUAGGAUUUGUUCCUGGAGAAAUGAUCAAUAUAAACGCAGAAAUUCAAAAUCUGUCUUCGUUUGAAUGCGACGUCUGGGCUAUUUUGGAGAUGAAAACGAUUUAUUUCUCGACAGCGCAAAAAACACGUUCCCUUCCAAAGAGAGUAAAAAAUCCUCUUAAGCGAACGGCCACCGAGAACAAGAUCUCGGAGGUUUUAGUCUUCCCGCCGAAAAAUCCCUCCAGAAUGGAAACCUUAAAAACGCGAAAACUCGAAAAAGAGGUUACCCGAAUCUCACAUCCAGGAGUCCAAGGAGGAGAAUCUGUUGUUUGGAAAGGAAUGGGUCUUGUCAUUCCCCCAGUGCCUCCCUCUUUUCUGGAGCGGUGUAACAUCAUUGACAUUCGUUAUUUCUUAAAGCUGGUCAUCGGAACUCUUGGUUCGUUGUCCAAUUUGGAGAUUCCUAUAGAGGUUAUUAUCGGAACAGUGCCAUUACGCCCUCAGCUGGUGCAUCAAAAUGCCCACGCCGUCGUACCAUCGGCCCCUCCCAUGCCUGUGCCUUCAUUCGCCAGUGACGACCAACCCCCUAGUUACUCGGAGUGCGUCUUUGGACAGAAUGACAUCACGGAUGAGGAAGACAACGAGCACACCCAAGGCCUGCUGAAAUUUGCUCCAGUCUGCAUUUUCUAUUCCAAUAACCAACCACAUACUAAUAUGGUAGAAACGCCAGAGGCAAAAGUGCCAAUUUAGAUGCACGAGGAAUGAUAUUGAACUUUCAAAAUAUGAACAUUAUCUUGUGAAAACAAUUGUAUUUUUCUAUGAAGAUAAUAUAUGUUUUAUAUUUGAUAAAUUAUAUUGAAUUAUGAAAUAUUUACUGGAAAUCCUUGAGGAAAAAGAUAUAUGAAUUGCUCAUGUAGGAAACUAAGUCCCUUUGUAAGACAAUAGGUCUCUAUAUGAACUAACAAGGGAAAAUUCUGUUUAUUACGCACAGCAAAAUAAAAAUCCAAACCAUUGCAUUUCGGUGGAUCGUUAAGAAUGCAUUAUUAGGUUAUGAAUUGCUGCGGGGCUCUCUUGUGCUAUGUCUUGUUCGACUUAAGGAAUGAAAUCAAUUGCAGAAAGUAAAUGUAGUGCCGAUAAUUGCGAGACUACACAGCGGAUCUUUAGUAUCGAAUGAUAGGCGAGUGGAAUUGUUUUACACUGUAUUAUACAAGCCUAGUAAUAUACAUCUGUGUCGGUCGUAAUGGCAGAUCUACAUCGACCUCCAGAAAUGAUUCACUUCUUUCCAAGAUCCCUGACACUGGGCCGACAUCAUUCCUUAUAUAUAUAUAUAUAUAUAUGCUCUCUGGUUCUUGAGAAGUCAGACAGAGAGACGGUAGACAAAUAAAAACAUCUAAUAGUAAUACAUGUCGACGUGUCUGAUAAUAUUAUGAGUAUGUAAAUCGUGGCAAUUUAAAUGCAUCAUUUGUAGGAUGGUAUCAUAUUUAUACACUUUUUACCACAUUGAAAAUGCCACCAAUCAAACACAAAAUCAUAAAAUGAAAAUAGAGGUUUGCUUUGUACAAGUUGAUAUUUUCAAGAGUGGAUAUACGAGAGCGAGUCAAUAAGUAACCAGCCUUACUUAUUUCCGGUUGAGAUCCACCUCUUCUUUUUCAAUGUAAUUGCCCCAUGGUGUGAUGCACUUAGAUCAACGGUGUUAAAGUCAGGGUCCUUUCCAUUGACCCGCUCCUCAACUGCCGUCACGACGUCUUCGUCAGGCCAGAAAUGACGUCCAUGGAUAUCCCUUUUCAAGAUUGGGAAUAGGAAAAAGUCGCUAGGAGCUAGGUAAGGCGAAUAGGCAGAAUGUGGUAUUAAUUCAUACCCGUUUCGCUUUACAGCAGCCAUUGCAACUUUGCAAGUGAGGAUUCUUGCGUUGUCCUGUUGCAUUAAAACACCUUUAGAGAGUUUACCUCGGCAUUUUUCACGGGUGGCGGUUCUCAGCUGGUCUAGCAAGUUUGCACAGUACACUCAGUUAUUGUACUUUUCUUGUGUAAAAAGUCCAACAUAAUAACGCCUUUUGCGUCGCAAAAUACUGUGACCAUCACCUUGCCAGCAGAUAGUUGCGUCUCGUACCCUUCUGUUGGAUAAUUGAAAGCUGUAAAAGCGAUGUUUGAAGACAGAACGAUUCCAAAUAACAUCGCUAAACUAUGUUACAGCAUUCGAACUUUCAAAAUAUCUUUACAUGCUAGAUAUGAUUAUUAGUCAGCUUUAAAAGUUUAAUCGCUCGAAGAUUAAAGUUACUGAACAAAACUUGUUUCAACAUGAUGUCGGCUGUGAUGCUCGAGGGUCACUACUAAACUGGAGGACCCCAUCUUUAACAAUAAAUCUUUUGGUUUCCGAUGAUCCUACAUUGCAGGAUUUUUCUGUCCAGUAUGAGUGUUGUCGAGUCAAGACAGUUUUACAUUUGUACACAACUCGAAGCCAUGAUAUAUAUCAUACAAUAAACUUAACUGAUUUGAAUACCUUUGUGCAUUUUUCGGGCAGUUGGUAUAUAUGAUACUAAUUAAUGAAUACGACGAUAUGAUAUCGGAGGUUUGGUCAGUCAACCGUCUUCAUACAUACCGCAUAAGUCAAAACAU